AUGACCAUAUCAAACAUCACUGACAAAUUCAAAGAACAUCAUUAUGAGCUGUAUGAAAAGGCUACUGAAAAGUCAAAGUUCUUGAAUGAUUUGGCAGGUGGAAAGAUCUCUGAAAAAUGCUUCCAAUACUUUUUGGCUCAAGACUGUCACUUUGUCAUGAAGCAAGUUCAAUUUUUGGGCUAUAUUCUUCGUCUCGUUCCAUGCAGUGAAGACUGCAAUGAGCAUGAAUACGACAAGACUGAACGAUUGAUGGCUGGAAUUACGAAUGCUAUUCAUACUACCGUCAAAGAUGAAAUUCCAUUCUCUCCUGCUGAUGCUGAGAAGCCACUCUUCAAGCAUCAAUCGAAAAUACCAUUUCUACCCGUUCCCGAGCUCUCAUCAACGCUGAAAAAGUAUCUAAGAUCCGUCAGAGCUAUAGCAAAUGAUGAAGAAUAUGCCAAUACAGUUAAAGCCGUCGAAACGUUCCGUCAACCAGGAGGCAUGGGUGAUAAAUUGCAAGCACGCUUACAGGAACGUGCUGCUACACACUUGACGGACUGGAGCGAAGCCAUUAUAGUAGCAGACAAGGAUAUAAAUGGAAUAGGCAAACCAGCCAAAAGCAAGACUAGCUGGCUGUACGAUUGGUGGAGAGUUCACGGCUACAUGGCAUAUCGAGAUCCAGUAAUUAUAUACGUGUCGCCAUUCUUUGUUCUAAGUGAUGUACCUCGUUUGGUCAACAAACCUGCUAGAAGAGCUGCAGAAACGAUUCAAGCAACACUACGAUUUCGCAAGUUGAUAAAUACUGGCAUGCUAGAAACGGAAAUGGUCAAAACGUCGCCUCUCAGCAUGGAUCCUUAUAUGUGGAUGUUUAAUUCUUGCAGAAUACCUGUUAUACCGAGCGACAUGACUCGAGUGACAGAUCCAGCUAUACAUAAUCAUAUCAUUGUUGUUCGUCAAGGUCGUUUCUUUCGGCUGGACUUGCCUAGUAGCAUCUCUACAGAACAAAUCGAAGGACAAUUGCUAAAGAUUUACGAAAUGGCGGAUAAAUCAAAGGCGGAUGUUCCCGUUGGUAUUUUGACAUCUGAUAAUCGUGAUAAUUGGACAAAGGCUCGAACGGAUCUACUCAACGCCUCCAUCAAAAAUCAAGCAUCGAUAGAAGAUAUCGAAACUGCUGCUUUCCUAGUUAGUUUAGAAGCAGAAACUCCUUCUAAUAUUUACGAAUCGAUUCGAGGCGUUUGGCACGGUGAUGGCAAGAACAGGUGGUUUGAUAUUCCAAUACAAUGGGUCGUUUUUGACUCAGGUCGACUUGGAUUGCUGAUGGAGCAUUCGAUGCUUGAUGGUAUGCCAACGAGUACUAUGACUGAGUAUAUCUGUGAACGGAUGGUAAAGAACGAUUUAGACCAUGGCGUGUCUCGAGAGCCACAUCAAGCAUCGAAGCUACCGCCGCCCAAACACCUUGAAUUCGACAUCACCCCGUCCCUUCAACAACACAUCAACACCGCCCAAACCAACUUUGACAAGCUCAUAUCAACACAUACAUUCCGACAAGUCCUUUUUUCCGAAUACGGUCGAGACCACAUCAAAAAGAUGGGAGUGCCACCAGAUGCAUAUGCACAAUUGGCUAUGCAGUUAGCAUACUACAAGACUCAUGGCAAAUGUCGUGGAACGUAUGAAUCAGUACAGACCCGCCAAUUCCAAUAUGGAAGAACAGAAACAUGUCGUAGUUGUUCUGUUGAUUCUGCUAAUUGGUGUAAAGCUAUGAGUGAUGCUAGUGUCGACGUGAAUGUGAAAUCAGAGUUGGGGAGGCUGGCUGCCAAAACGCAUCAGACCAAUGCUUCUGAUGGUGCAAUGGCACAAGGACUUGAUAGGCAUCUUUUCGGUCUAAAAUUGUUGGUGGAUUCUUCAGAGACGAUGCCAUCUAUAUUCAGUGAUCCCAUGUUUGAUGAGACAAGAACAUGGUACAUGUCCACGUCGACUCUGGAUCAUCCAUACGUGGAGCAGAUUGGGUUUGGAGAGGUAACACCAACCGGCUAUGGCAUUUGUUAUCAUGUGAAGCCAAGGGAUCUUCGUUUUGGUGUUGGUUGCAAGGCUGAGAUGAAACCAGAAGUGUUUGAAGAAAAUUUGAAGGCUGCUCUUCGAGAAAUGAAAGAAGUGUUUACUGCUAGUGUACCUGCAAAUCCCUCACGGUUGUGA